AUGUCUAUACUUCAUUCGGAUUUACUGAUGAGCUACAACCGAGAUAUACGCCCUAUACAGAACCAAAGCAGCGUUCUUGAUAUCCAAGUAAGUUACGCGAUCAAGUCUCUGAACGAUUUUGAUUCCGUUAAUGGAAGGAUGGCGACUACAGGGUCUCUGUAUUGCCUUUGGAGGGAUGAAAUGAUGACGUGGAACCCGUCUGACUAUGGAAAUAUCGAGAAGGUGAGAAUGCGUGAAACAGUUGUAUGGGCGCCGACAAUUUUAGUUCCGAACGGUGCCGACGAUAUCUAUAUCAAAACAACAAACCAUGAAGAUUCAUCCGUUCUCUACGACAGCACGGGAAUGGCUUCGUUCGUCAUAAGUGGUGUAAUGACCACAACCUGUGACCCGGAUAUCACGUAUUACCCGUACGACAAACACAACUGCUCAUUACAAUUUUCCACACAAGAACCGAUGAAUGAGGUCAGUCUGCAUUUUAACAACAGAUUCAUAUUGCCUGGUGCUGAUAGCAAUUUAUUGUGGAAGUUUGACAAUUUAGAUACCCGGUCUUACAACAUUCAAAACACAAAUACAGUCAUCGAAAUAACCUUAACGUUGGAGCGACGACCAACGUACUUAUUAUACAGCAUUUCUAUCCCUCUUUGUCUGUUAAAUUUCAGCAACCUGCUAGCGUUUGUUCUGCCUGCAGACUCGGGCGAGAGGGUAUCAUUCGCCACCACAAUGCUACUGACCUUGUCUAUGUUCAUGAUUAUAAUGUCGGACAGUAUCCCAAAUUCCAGUGACCCAGUGUCCAUUCUCACGAUUUCUCUGAUGAUCAAGCUCACCACUAGCAGUCUCAUUGUUUUCACAGUUAUCGUGACAUUAAACGUUUACCGUCUCAGUGACACCACACCAAUUCCACUGUGGCUGCUGCGCGUGUUAUGUUUCCAUAAGAACAUCAGAGUUAGAGACUCGAGUGUUGAACACAACCGAGGGAUGAACGAUCCUGAAGAUGAACAUCCUAAAAAGACAAAAGCAAACAACAUUGGUAUUGAUCCUGUAAUUGGAGCAACGCAAAUAGAACCUGAACCAAGAAUGCAACAUUCUUUCACGUGGCAAUCGAACCAAAGUAGCGUUCUUGAUAUCCAAGUAAGUUACUCGAUCAAGUCACUGAACGAGUUUGAUUCUGUCAAUGGAAGGAUGGUGACUACAGGGUCUCUGUUUGUCAUUUGGAGGGACGAAAUGAUGACGUGGAACCCGUCUGACUAUGGCGAUAUCGAGAAGGUGAGAAUGCGUGAAACAGUUGUAUGGGCGCCGACAAUUUUAGUUCUGAACGGUGCCGACGAUAUCUAUAUCAAAACAACAAACCAUGAAGAUUCAUCCAUUCUCUUCGACAGCACGGGAAUAGCUUCGUUCGUCAUAAGUGGUGUAAUGACCACAACCUGUGACCCGGAUAUCACGUAUUAUCCGUACGAAAAACAUAACUGCUCCCUGCAAUUUUCCACACAAGAACCGAUGAAUGAGGUCAGUCUGCAUUUUAACAACAGAUUCAUAUUGCCUGGUGCUGAUAGCAAUUUAUUGUGGAAGUUUGACAAUUUAGAUACCCGGUCUUACAACAUUCAAAACACAAAUACAUUCAUCGAAAUAACCUUAACGUUGGAGCGACGACCAUGGCACUUAUUAUACAACAUUCUUAUCCCUCUUUGUCUGUUAAAUUUCAGCAACCUGCUAGCGUUUAUUCUGCCUGCAGACUCGGGCGAGAGGGUGUCAUUCGCCACCACAAUGCUACUGACCUUGUCUGUGUACAUGACUAUAAUGUCGGACAGUAUCCCCAAUACCAGUGACCCAGUGUCCAUUCUCACGAUUUCUCUGAUGAUCAAGCUCACCACUAGCAGUCUCAUUGUUUUCACAGUUAUCGUAACAUUAAACGUUUACCGUCUCAGUGACACCACACCAAUUCCACUGUGGCUGCUGCGCGUGUUAUGUUUCCAUAAGAACAUCAGAGUUAGAGACUCGAGUGUUGAACACAAACGAGAGUUGAACGAUCCUGAAAAUGAACAUCCUAAAAAGACAAAAACAGAAGUGAAGUAUGGACAUUUUACGGUGGAAAAUGCUGUAUUUAUCUGA